GCGCGCAGCGCAGGCGCCCUUCCGCUGCUCCCGCGGUGGCUCGCGCGGCGGUGGCAGCUGCUACGCGGGGCAUGGUCCCCGGGUCGGAGGGCCCGGCCCGCGCCGGGGGUCUCGUGGCUGACGUGGUGUUUGUGAUCGAGGGCACGGCCAACCUGGGGCCCUACUUCGAGGGGCUCCGCAAGCACUACCUGCUCCCGGCCAUCGAGUAUUUUAAUGGUGGUCCUCCGGCCGAGACAGACUUCGGGGGAGACUAUGGGGGGACCCAGUACAGCCUCGUGGUGUUCAACACGGUGGACUGCGCUCCUGAGUCCUACGUACAAUGUCACGCCCCCACCAGCAGCGCCUAUGAGUUUGUCACCUGGCUCGAUGGCAUUAAGUUCAUGGGUGGCGGUGGCGAGAGCUGCAGCCUCAUUGCCGAAGGCCUCAGCACAGCCCUGCAGCUCUUUGAUGACUUCAAGAAGAUGCGGGAGCAGAUCAGUGGCCAGACGCACCGAGUCUGCCUCCUUAUCUGUAACUCGCCCCCGUACCUGCUGCCCGCUGUCGAGAGCACCACAUACUCCGGCUGCACGACCGAGAGCCUUGUGCAGAAGAUCGGGGAGCGUGGCAUCCACUUCUCCAUUGUGUCCCCCCGGAAACUGCCUGCCCUCAGGCUUCUGUUCGAGAAGGCGGCUCCCCCGGCUCUGCUGGAGCCGCUGCAGCCGCCGACAGACGUUAGCCAGGACCCCCGGCACAUGGUGCUGGUGCGGGGGCUUGUGCUGCCGGUUGGGGGUGGCUCAGCCCCAGGCACCCUCCAGCCAAAGCAGCCCGUACCCCUGCCUCCAGCUCCACCCUCGGGUGCCACACUCUCUGCAGCCCCCCAGCAGCCUCUGCCCCCUGUCCCCCAGCAGUACCAGGUUCCUGGGUUGAGUGCAGCCCAGGUGGCCGCCCAGAAUGCUGUGGAGGCUGCCAAGAACCAGAAGGCCGGGCUGGGCCCGCGCUUCUCGCCCAUCAACCCUCUCCAGCAAGCUGCUCCAGGAGUGGGUCCCCCCUUCAGCCAGGCACCAGCACCCCCACUGCCUCCAGGGCCCCCUGGCGCUCCCAAGCCACCCCCUGCUUCCCAGCCCAGCCUGGUCUCCACGGUGGCCUCUGGCCCGGGCCUGGCACCCCCUGCGCAGCCCGGCGCACCAUCCAUGGCGGGCACGGUGGCCCCAGGCGGCGUGAGUGGCCCUUCCACAGCCCAGCUAGGGGCCCCGGCCCUCGGUGGGCAGCAGUCUGUCUCCAACAAACUCCUGGCCUGGAGCGGGGUCCUCGAGUGGCAGGAGAAGCCCAAACCCGCCUCCGUGGAUGCCAACACCAAGCUGACGCGGUCGCUGCCCUGCCAGGUCUACGUGAAUCACGGCGAAAACCUGAAGACGGAGCAGUGGCCCCAGAAGCUGAUCAUGCAGCUCAUCCCGCAGCAGCUGCUGACCACUCUGGGCCCUUUGUUCCGGAACUCAAGGAUGGUCCAGUUCCAUUUCACCAACAAGGACCUGGAGUCCCUCAAGGGCCUCUACCGCAUCAUGGGCAACGGCUUCGCGGGCUGCGUGCACUUCCCCCACACGGCGCCCUGCGAGGUGCGCGUGCUCAUGCUCCUCUACUCGUCCAAGAAGAAGAUCUUCAUGGGCCUCAUCCCCUACGACCAGAGCGGCUUCGUCAAUGGCAUCCGGCAGGUCAUCACCAACCACAAGCAAGUCCAGCAGCAGAAGCUGGAGCAGCAGCGCGGGAUGGGGACACAGCAGGCGCCUCCUGGGCUGGGCCCCAUUCUGGAGGACCAGGCAAGACCCUCGCAGAAUCUGCUCCAGCUCCGCCCGCCACAGCCACAGCCGCAGGGCACUGUGGGGGCCUCUGCGGCCACGGGGCAGCCCCAGCCCCAAGGUGCUGCCCAGGCCCCUCCAGGGGCUCCCCAAGGCCCUCCUGGAGUGGCCCCCGGCCCCCCACCUCCUGGACCCAUCCUUCGGCCCCAGAACCCUGGGGCCAACCCUCAACUGCGGAGCCUCCUCCUCAACCCACCACCGCCCCAGACUGGGGUGCCCCCACCCCAGGCCUCCCUCCACCACCUCCAGCCACCAGGGGCUCCUGCACUGCUGCCCCCACCGCACCAGGGCCUGGGGCAGCCCCCGCUGGGGCCCCCCCUCCUGCACCCACCGCCUGCCCAGUCCUGGCCCGCGCAGCUUCCCCCGAGGGCUCCACUGCCAGCGGCAAAACGAAAGAGAGAACAAGAGGGCUGCGUGUUUCGAGAAAAAUGGGAGCGAGCCUAUUUCUUUGUGGAAGUGAAGAACAUGCCUAUGUGUUUAAUAUGCAAAAAAAUCGUAUCUGUGUUGAAAGAAUACAACCUGAAACGUCAUUAUAAAUCAAAGCACGGUAAGAGCUUCGACCAGUACACAGAACAGACGCGAGAUGCGAUACUUGAUGAACUGAAAAAGGGCCUCAAGUGUCAGUAGGCCUCGCGUGGGAAAGGAGAUGACAGGAGUGGUAUGUCUGUGACAUGCAGUUCUGGAGUAAAGGGAGAGGAAUUCACCAGGCAUUAAAAUCUGCUACAGACAACACGUUUAUAAAGGAGCAGAAUGACAUGUCCUGAGCAGAAACACACAUCUGUUUAGACCCUUGCUGAAGUCUAACAGAUAUUUGCAUAUUACACAGUGAGUUGAAGAUACGUGAGAAGAUUUACAAAUCCAGUUGCUUGAAAGAGUCAAGUUGAUUGUGGCCUUUUCUGUCACUGCUCAUGAACGAUUACCACCCAGUUAGCUUUAUUUAUUUGUGGUGAGAAUUUCGAUGUGACUGAAGAAGUCUGUGACACGGGUCCCAGGUAGGCCCAACACUGGGAAAUGACUUCCGGUCAGAAUUCCUCACCACAGCUACGGUUGUGGCGAUGUCAUGAUCUGAGCGCAGGGGAACUCGUCAGGAAGCCUUGACCCAAGGUGGUGACAUCUGGCAAGGACACAGAAGUUAGGUCAUUGCAUCAAUCACCAGGAGCUGAACUGUUAAGUAGAUGAAAAUGAAACACACCACGGAUGUCCUUGACAUGCUCCUGUACUUUAACCACGGGCUGGUCGAUGGUGAACUUGACCCGAUGUGUUUUACAGAAGCUCUGUGACCUGCUGUUACAUGAUGCCAUGGAAGAAAUCAGCUGCUGAAACUGGUUCAUUCCGUUGAGGUGGAAGUCACAGCCUGGCUCCCCUGAGAAGGUCGGUCAAAGCCUUUUGGUCGAGCUUACGACCCUUCUGAACACUAUUUCUCUGCAAGGAGGUUCACAAACAGCUACUUGAAUGUAUCAUCGUGUGUGCCCAGUCCUGCCAAGAUGGGGAUGCCAUGGGCAAGGAAUAUUCUGACUCCAUUUCCUUUGCUGCAAUUGGUUUCCAGAAACAAAAGACAUGGCCAGGACUAGAUUCACCCAAAUUGUAGGGUUGCAGACCAAAUUACCCCAAAGGCUCUCUGCCUCCAGACUUUAAUGGAAGUGAAGUAAGUAACCCUGUGCGGUUUGCUGUGGCUGGUCAGUGCAGAUCGCCAACAGUAGUUACUGAAGCGCUGUGCGACGGGGUGCUGGCUGCUAAGUGAUCAGCCCUACAGCUUUCUCCAGCGGUUGUCCCAAAUCUCUGUGCUUGGUAGUGCCCACGCUCGUCAGCAGCUGUUUUCCAUUUACAACUGAGUCAAAUGAAAUAAUGCUCCCAGUUUAAGGAUUCAAGGUUGAAUUCUAAAUCGUUCGUCGCAUUGUGACAGCCACAGCCUGACAUCAGCAUCUCCGUGCGGGAGGGAUGAGGUCAGCCUUCCGGCCUCAAAGCAAAGGAGCAAAAGCAUAAUGAAAGAGAAAAUUUUAAUUAUUAAAUAUUUCUAUUUUUCAAUUUGUAUUUUUUCAAUUUUGAAUUUGAAAUAUAAACUCCAGUAUCAUA